GUGGUCUAGCUGCUUUGUUUGUGGCGGCCGGGAUUUCUGCCUGUCCUUGCCCAGAAGGCGGCCAAGCAGAGAGAUGGAUGUAGCGGCAGCAGGUGUUGCGCCGGAAUUCACCUACGCCAAUGUCUUGGUCGAGGACACUGAGCCAGGGAUUUCGAUCCACGAUAUCACCGAGAAUGUGAGAGCUUGUGUCAAGAAACACUUUGCGAACCGCAGGUCCCAUCAAAGAGAUGGUGUUGUGCACCUCCUCUCUCGGCACACAACGACGGCAGUGUCCAUCAACGAAGAUGAGACAAGGCUGCGACAGGACAUUGUCGCUUACCUGGAACGGUUGGCUCCAGCCAGCGACACGUACAAGCACAAUGAUCUCCACCUACGUCCUGCCUCAGAGAAGGAUAGACAGGCCAUUGAUCGCAACUGGAUGUCGCAGGGGAAGGGCACGCUGGAAGAGUUCAUGGCUCAGGAGCCCAAGAAUGCGCACUCGCACUUGCUGGCGAUGACAUUGGGGCAAUCGGAGACCAUCCCAGUCGUAGGUGGCGAGCUUGCCCUAGGCCAAUGGCAGUCAGUGCUGAUGAUUGAUUUAGAUGGCCCUCGAACUCGAACCGUGGGUGUGCAAGUCAUGGGCUAA